AUGAUCCUUCGCGACAUCCCAUUGAUCCUCCUGCUACUUUUCCUGAUGUCCUACGCCUCGGCGGAUAUUUGCUCGUACUGCAGUUGCGAUGAGGACGCGAAGUCUGUCACAUGUUCGUCGCCGACCCUACUUAUCCGGACGGUCUCACUGCUGCCAUGGAUCGAGCAAGUUCACCUUAUCGGACUCAAUCUACCACAUCCUCCUCAUUUUCUGUUCCAUACAGCUCUGCGAGUACUGCGGAUUAACAACUGCGGCCUACAAGAUCUAUCAGCUCAUUCUCUGCUGCCGCUACCAAAUCUAGAGGUGCUGAACCUAGCCGACAACCAUUUGGAAUCCUUACCGACCACAGUUUUACGAAGUCUGAAGCGCCUGAGAGUUGUGAAUUUGGCUAGGAACCGCAUCGCGGACCUAUCACUCUUCUCGCCAAUCCUUGCUGAGAACCUCAUUUUGGAGCAGCUCGAUCUCAGCGGAAAUCCGCUCGCCCUCGCAACGAGGGCCUCAUCGCUGCCGCCUUCUGCUCAGCUUUUUCUCUCCAAUGCUAACCUCGCUUCCCUUAACUCCUCUGCCGUCGUCUUCAAUCCGUCAACUGCCUGCCCUUUUGAUGAGAAGUGCCGAAUUCUGCACUUAACCCCUACCGACUUCAGCCGCUUCACCUCUAUCGACGUCUCUGUCAACCACCAUCUGAAGGUGCAUGAUUCUGCACUUAUCGCCCUGUCAAAUGCCAGUCAUCUCGAUUUCUCUCACGCACAUCUGCCUGCAGAAUUCACGAAUUGGCUAAAGGAUCGAAGCAAAGCCAGGACUCUCAACGUAUCUCAUACUGACUUGAAAUUGGAAGAGGAACUAUGGUCAUCAUGCGGAUCAGAGCUUAGGACUUUGGAUAUCACUGGAUUACGACUGAAACGACUGCAUCUCAGCACAAGUUGCGUGCUGACAACCGUUUACGCCAGGGACAAUCUGCUCGAGACGUGUCGGCUGGAAGCGCUCUCGCUCGAGUCGCUUCACAUGGAUCGGAAUCUGUUCACUGACUGGCCAGUAUUACCUCCUGGAUUCGCGAUGGAUAAUCUCCGAUCGUUAACUCUAAGUUCAAAUCUGCUCACCGUUCUUCCUCCUCACGCCUUGUCGCAGUUCCCAAAUUUGCAACACCUGGACAUCUCCAGAAAUCAGAUCAGCGAAAUCGACCAUCUCGCCUUCCCGAGCCUCGGAAUGCAACUAGUCUCGAUCGACCUAUCCUACAAUCAGUUGUCGAUUCUACCUCAUCCUGUUCUGCCCUCCUUAGUCUACCUGGACGUCUCGAGCAAUAACCUCGUCACUUUGGAUCCUGCAUUCUUUGCCGGGUUGCCAAUGUUGCAGCACCUAAGGCUAUCGAGUAAUCCCCAACUCUUCGCCAGAUGCGAAGGGGAAAGAUGUUGGUCUGACCAUCUGGACGAGUUGACCGCCCUUGUGGAUUUGGAUCUAUCGAACUGCGCACUGUCCAGAACUAUUCCGCUCUCACAUCUUACCUCGCUGAAAACGCUUCUUCUCCGAGGAAACCAGAUUGCCGUCGUCAACGCCGGUGACCUGCCUCCGAAUCUGCGCACGUUGGACCUUGGCGAGAACCGCCUCCACUACACACGUAACUUCUCUCGCCUUCGUUCACUUCGGGACCUACGCGUGGACACGAAUCCACUUCGAUGUGACUGCAGUCUUCACGACAUCGUCCCCCAUCUACUCAACCAGACGCAGAUCGCUGAUCCGCAGCUGUAUUACUGUUUUUCUGGGUCCUGGCAGUACCCGUUGUUACCUUACCUCAGCGGGAUCACUCCUUGCAUUGAUGCUACUCGACAAUUCGCUCCAAUACUCAUCAGUACUUUUGCAUUCUCUGUCAUUGUCGUUUGUUCUUUUCUGUUAGCGUUUAUCGGUUACCGUCGUUAUGCUCAUACUGUAGGUCAUGUUUAUAAACGUUUGGCCACCGAUAUUCCAGUUAGGCUCUAG